UUUUAAUCAAGAACACCGUAUUUUUAUGGCCGAUCUACUGCGCAUGCGCGAACAAGGGGGCGGGUUUGUUUAGCGUGACAAAAUGUUUAUUUUUCUGCUCCGAUGAAAUGGGUCUGAUGAGCUAACACGGACUGCUUCGACGGUAAACGCUUCGCAGUGACCUUGUACCAGCCUACAAGAAGACAAAGCCAUGGGGAAUACAAACAGUGAGAGGGCUGCCAUGGGCCAGGGGGAGAAGGCUCAGCGGCGGGACAGCCGAGGUACCAAGGAGGGAGAGAGGCCAAAAAUCCUGAUGGAUAGCCCCGAGGAUGCAGAUAUUUUUCAUGGUGAAGACAUGAAAGCUCCUUUAGAGAAAGAGGAGUUCCUUGCAUGGCAGCAAGACUUAGAAGCAGACGACAAAGGACCAACUUUAGACCGACCAACAGUCUUUCGCUGGACUGGAGAUGGCAAGGAGGUUUACCUCUCUGGAUCCUUCAACAACUGGGCCAACAAGAUUCCCCUUAUUAGAAGUCAGAACACCUUUGUGGCCAUUGUUGAUCUACCUGAAGGGGAGCAUCAAUACAAGUUUUACGUGGAUGGCCAGUGGACCCACGACCCAGCUGAGCCAGUUAUAACGAGUCAGCUUGGGACAGUCAACAAUAUCAUCCAGGUGAAGAAAACUGACUUUGAGGUGUUCGAUGCUCUAAUGGUAGACUCGCAGAAAUGCUCUGACAUGUCAGACCUUUCCAGCUCUCCUCCUGGGCCGUAUCAUCAGGAUGCCUAUGUUCCUAAACAGGAAGAGAAGUUUAAGUCUCCACCCAUACUACCACCUCACCUGCUACAGGUCAUCCUUAACAAAGACACUGGAAUUUCUUGUGACCCUGCAUUACUCCCAGAACCCAACCAUGUCAUGCUCAACCACCUCUACGCUCUUUCCAUUAAGGAUGGAGUAAUGGUGCUCAGUGCGACACAUCGCUACAAGAAGAAGUAUGUCACCACUUUACUAUAUAAGCCCAUCUGAUCAAAGACUGAUUUUUUAAUCCUGUCCAAGUGUGUUAACUGUACUCUGAGUGUAACAAAAUAUUAGCUCCACCUGUUCUUUCCAUAACAGAGAGAGAACAGGUGAAUCCAGGCCACAUCGCUCAUGUGUUUCACCUGUUACUUCACUUCAAGAAGUACAAAUCUGCUUUAAGAGGUCAUUUAAAUGAUGACAUUACAUUAUCCAUAUUGUCCUUCUAACACACAGGGCCCAAGUCAAUGUGUUACCACUUGUAUUCUUUACCCAAACUCGAGAAAGGCCAGCAGUCACCUGGAUGAGAAUCUUAGAUUAACCUAAGGCUAAUAAGAGGUUCAUCCCUGAGAUUAUAUCUUGUACACUCACUGUAUACCCAGUUAUUAUACACAUCUGUUUAGGAUGAUAAAUGUCACUCCAAUCCUACAUAAUCUGCCUUUAUUUGUUCACUGAUUGCCCUCUGUAGUUUUCAACAACACAAUCUUUGCUUAGUAGACAGAGAGAGGCAAUAAUAAUGAGGUAGGAUGCUGAUAAUGUCUGUGAUCAAAACAGAGGACAGGUAAUGGUGGGAAAAUCUGACUGAAAGUCCUCAGAUCUGUGAGGUUGCUGUAGCUCUUCCCAUGAUUGAGAAGACAACAGCGGCACAAUCAAGAAUGUGAAUGUUAUGGUCAAAAAAGGAAAAAAUGCACUGCAAUAGUUCUCCAGUUUUCUUUUGCCUGUUUAUCUUGAGAAAAUGCUGAGUUUUCUUUAGUGAGAAUCACACAGCGCACAGUAGAUAUUUUCUAUCAUCUGUAUACAGUAAUGUAUUUUUUUUUCCUACUUUGGUUGAUGAUGUAGUUUGUUUUGUUUUCAAAAACUCUUCUAUAGUUAGUUGCAGUGUUGUGGUCAAGAUUUAGACAAGAGCAGAUGAUUAAUUAGGAUUAAGACAACGUAGUUGAGACCAAAACCAUAGCAAUUUAUUAUUUUUUGAGAAAUUAAUUUGGUCUAAACUUUAUAAUUAUUUUAUUAGUUUUGCACUACAAUGAUAAACAUUUAUUUUUAAAGUAGAAUAUGCAUACAGUGUAUGUAAACUUACAGCACGACAAUGUAUCAGAAGAAUAAUGCUUACCCUUUUGAACGUCUAAGCAAGUUUAGUGGACAUUGCACAAGUAACAUAAUUUUCCUUCUUUCAUAUAGUGAAAAUGCAUUCCACAAAUUAAGAGUCACGCCAGAUAGUUGUUCCCAGCUGGCUCAGUCAAUAUGGCAUCAUUGGUUUGUGCCAUGGAACAUUGCCAAUCUUUAAUAGCAGCACCAGUUUCUAUAAAGUGAUGAAUUCAGAUGAAUUCAGAUGAAAAAAGACAUAACAGGAAACAAAAUAUAAUUAAUAUUUGAGAAUGAAAAAACAGUCAUGUGACCAACACUGGCUUGAAGAACCACAACACUGAUGAAGGGACCAGCAUAGGAUCAUGUGACAGAGUUACUGAAGAUGAUUUUUAUAGUUAAGAUUUUUGUCUGUACCGUUACUGGUCUGUAUAUAUUUCAUGAAGUCUGAAGGAUUGAAAUGUGUUUUAAGUUAAAGGUAUGAUUUGUAGUAUAUAUUUACAUCAAUGUAUCAUUGUCAAAUAUGGUAUUUUGGUAUAAUUGUCAUAAACAAAUGAGAUCAUGGUUUAACUUUUUGUUUUAUUCUAUGCUAUAGGCCAGUAGAGGCUGACAAUCACCUCAGUGAAGGUCUCAUUUGUUUGUGUUACUUAUGCUGUUGUGUCAGAACUAACAUGGUAAUGACUGAUGCUAGACUUUGAAAUAAAUUGCAGUGUCUUUAAAAAUGCUGUUGACCCUUUGAACCAUGCUGGUGUGUACACAUUUUCAAUUCUGAGAGACAUUUGUAUUAAAGAUUAAGUUACAAAUUCCUA